UGACGUAGUUCUCUGAGCAUUCUAACGAUGCCCGUCUGCAUUCAGGGCAAUCGAAUAGUAGAAUUUACUUCGAAAUUCAGUUCUCCAGAUUAUUUCGAUCCACAAGGUGACAUUGUUUCCAAAUUUGUAGAAAUAUUGGAAAGGUGCAAAUUUCUUCCUGAUUUCUUUGAUUAAUUUAUUUUUUGAAGAAAUUUUUUUAUCAAUCCUAGCGAUGACAUAAUAUCACAAGGACGUUCCAUCAUCAAACUGAAGACAUCCAUCUUUUGCGAGUCGCACCCCCUGUUGAAGUCUCCCGAUCAGAAAUGGCCGUAGUCGCAGCAGCUCAGAAGAACAGAGAGAUGUUCGCCAUCAAAAAAUCAUACAGCAUCGAGAACGGGUAUCCGGCUAGAAGACGUUCUUUAGUCGAUGAUGCCAGGUUCGAGACUCUGGUGGUUAAGCAAACCAAGCAGACCGUAUUGGACGAAGCCAGGCUCAGAUCUAAUGAUUCUAGUAUGGAGCCUGAAGUUCAACAUGAAGAUAUUGCAACCAAAGAAGAAACAACACAAGCGCUAAAAGACGAUUCUGGACUAACAGAAGAAGAAGUGUUCCUCCAAAAUGCUCUCAGUGAGCAUCCUGAAUCCGAAAACUAUCCUCAGACAGCCAUAUUGGUCCUACGUUUACGAGAAGGCAUGAAUUCGCUCGGUCGCAUUUUGAAGACCGUUGAGAAAUUCAACGGAUCAGUUUGUCAUCUGGAAACGCGACCCAACAAAAAUGAGGGAGGUCAGCUGGACGCGCUCAUCAAAAUCGAAAUGUCAAGGGUUAACUUGCUCCAAAUUCUCAAAUCUCUCCGACAGACGUCGGUGUUGGAACAUUGCACCCUGAUUGGCGAUGACAAUAUAACAUCAAAGACUCCAUGGUUUCCAAGACAUGCUAGCGAACUGGACAAUUGCAAUCAUCUAAUGACAAAAUAUGAACCGGAUCUGGACAUGAACCACCCCGGAUUCGCCGACAAGGAGUAUCGUCAACGUAGAAAGGAAAUUGCCGAAAUUGCAUUUUCAUUCAAAUAUGGUGAUCCAAUUCCGCACAUCGAAUACACAGCUACAGAAAUCAAGACCUGGAACUCAGUCUUCAACACAGUCCAAGACCUGAUGCAGAAACAUGCUUGCGCUGAAUACAGACGUGUCUUCAAAAAACUCGUGGACGAGGGCAUAUUCGCACCCAACAAGAUCCCACAACUUCAGGAAAUGUCCGAUUUCAUGUGUCGCAACACAGGCUUCACCCUUCGACCUGCUGCUGGACUUCUCACCGCCCGCGAUUUCUUAGCUUCUUUGGCCUUCAGAAUCUUCCAGAGCACACAGUAUGUCAGACACGUAAACUCACCAUACCACACACCAGAACCAGAUUGCAUCCACGAACUUUUGGGACAUAUGCCCCUCCUGGCCGACCCCAGUUUCGCACAAUUCUCCCAGGAGAUUGGUCUUGCGUCUCUUGGAGCCUCAGAUAAAGAAAUCGAGAAAUUGUCUACGGUGUAUUGGUUCACAGUUGAAUUUGGUCUUUGCAAGGAAAACGGUGCCGUGAAGGCCUAUGGUGCUGGACUUCUGAGUGCAUAUGGAGAACUCCUUCAUGCUCUCAGCGAGAAACCAGAGCUCAGACCUUUCGAACCAGCAGUAACAGCAGUGCAGCCCUACCAAGACCAAGAAUACCAACCAAUCUACUACGUUGCUGAAAGUUUCGAUGACAUGAAAGACAAAUUCAGACGCUGGGUAUCUACCAUGUCCCGACCAUUCGAAGUCAGACUUAACGCUUACACAGGAAGGGUGGAAGUUUUGGAUUCAGUCGAUAAACUCGAAUCUCUUGUUCAUCAGCUUAAUACAGAAGUACUCCACUUAUCUAAUGCCUUGUACAGAUUGAAGCCGCCAUCACUCGAGUGAAUAUCUGAACAAAAAUUCCAACAGAAGCAAGCAACGCCAACAUGUAGUAUAUGUGAAAUCAAUAUCAUCAGUGUUAUAAUCUUUAUAAUUAGUACAUCUAGAACCAAAAAGACGUAACUUGCUGACAUCGUAUGAACGUCUCAAGAGAUAUAUUCAAAGAAGAUAUAAAAUAUGAUUAUUAUCACAUUGUUGUACCAAUAUGCACUCGAAGCUGUGUUGUAUUCUUUAAAGAAGAGCAAUUACCGCAGUAUAUUAUUUAUUAUGAGAAUAGUUUGCACGUUAUUGAUGUAUAUAGUGAGAACUAGUAUAUAUUUGUGACUAAAUGCAGACUUGGGGAAGAAACUGCGAAUAUAAUUUAUUAGCUUAUUUAACCAAUAAAAUUUAUUCUGAAA